UCUGAAUUCUUCGAGCUUAAUGGAAAAAUCACACACAACAUAGCUACCCCCUAAUGUUCAGUGCUCGUUUCGAGCUUCGAAGACUAAUUGUUCGAUUUGACAUUUAGCUCAAACUUCACAAGUUGCGUGCUAUCUGUAGAUUUGGCCGAGCUUCAUAAGUGAGCCGUAGCUUCAGUAGACGUGAACAAGACCUUUUUGCUGUACUAUUCCUGAUAAAUUUGGAAUUCGAAAUGAGGGGAAUGCAAGUAAUUUCCAUGCAGUCAUGUCGCAUUAAAUGCAGUUGGCUUUUGCAGUUAAUAUUUGUCGCAUGUGGGCCACUACAGCUACCCAUGUGCAAUGUUGAGGCGAUGUGCGACAACAGUUAUGACUAUAGAAUUUUGACAGUUGAUCGCCUUUUGUGGAUGAUUGACACAUAGACAUUUGAGUGGUCAAGAUUACUGGAGGAAUGGAAAACUGAGAUUCAUCGCAUAUCAACGGUCAAGGUCGAAUCCCGCCGUUUCAUCUCCCAUGCUCACCACUAUAAAAAUGGGCAUUUUCAUCAGAAUUGUACAGUUGCAAAUAUUUUCAUACUCAAAUUUGGUUGCUAUCUAUUCUCCGUCGUUGCUUCUUCAGACCUACGACGAUCUUCCAGCGAUUUCUUACCGUGUUUCACACUCCGGUAUCCAAAGGCGUGUUACUACCAUGUCUUCAUCCAACAGUCACAAGAUAAAUCUACUUUUCGACUCCUCGGCGACCUUAGCAGUUCGCAGGGGAGGACUCCUAGACGAGGUGUAUGAGGAUACCAUCGUGAGGAGUUCAAACAGUGAUGUGGCGAGUUCUUCGAACAAUGCCUCUACCAAGCUUCCCUCACCAAGGGGCUUGCUGGCCCUUAGAUUUAGGAAAGCCAAGUUCCUCGAUUGGAGACAAGGAUCUUCAACGCGUAAAGGAUAUUUAUGCGAUUCAACUCCCGUUGAGUGCUUCGGGAAAUAUUUCCCAAAAAGAUCCCCCCAGAGGUUGGGCGGCGAUCUCUGACAUCCUUAUGAGGUGUGGAAUGUUUGUCCCACCUCAUUUCUUUAUUGCCGACGUACUAAGAAGGUUUAGCAUUGCUCCCCUCCAACUCACAAAGAACUCAAUCCUAAUAAUUGUAGGAAUGUACAUAGCAUACCAGAUAUAUGAAUUAGGUGAGCUAUUAGUGGAUGAGCUUGUCCACCUGUAUAGCUUAAAGAAAAGCCAAGAUAAGACGUAUUACCUCUCUAAAGUGAGGAAAGUACACCUGAAUGGUUUGGUCAGAGUCUUAAAGAAGGUUGGGAAUUAGGACUCCCAAUAUUUCUUUUAUGAAGCCGAGGAAACUAGCAUUUUUGCCUCAGAGGCUAGAAAGUACUAUGAUCUUUGUGCGAAACAUAGGGUUCUCUAGUCAAGCAAGUGAACU